AUGGGAUCGAGCAUUAUCAUGCAAAUAGUAAAUUCGCUCCUGCUUGCCGUUGAGUUUUUCGGCAAUCCGGUCCAAUUUUUGACAAUAGAGAUCAGCAGUGAUGGUACAACCAGUUGGAAGCACUGCUCAGUGAAUAAUUUAGUUGAUGCUCCACCAAACUUUCAGCAUCAGCCCGUUGCUGUAGCUGCUGUGGUGAUAACUCAUGUUUUACCACUGCAACAUAAGAGCACCCAAGCUGCUCUGCUAAGCACUGUAAAGUCAAUCGACAAUCUCGCUCGAUGA